CCAUAACAAAAGUACAGACGUCACUCGAACUAUGUCACGUGGGUUGAUAGCGACUCCAGCUGUCUGGUUUCAAGCAGCAAGUCAAGCAUAAACAACAUGGCAGCACUCUUCAAAGCUGGAAAAGCCCUGGGCCUGUGUGUCAGUGGCUGUAGGUCUCUGUCCUCUCUAGCUGAGCUACCAGAGAUGCACCAGAUGAUGAGACAAACCUGUAGAGACUACGCAGACAGAGAGCUGGGUCCUAUAGCUGGCAAACUUGAUAAGGAACACCUCUUCCCAGCGCAACAGGUGCGAGAGCUGGGUGCUAUGGGGGUGAUGGCUGUAGAGGUUCCUGAGGCGCUGGGAGGAGCAGGAAUGGACUACCUGGCCUACUCUCUGGCCGUGGAGGAGAUCAGUAGGGGCUGCGGCAGCACUGGAUGUGUGGUCUCGGUCAACAACUCUUUGUACAUAGGGCCAAUAUUGAAGUUUGGAACACAGAAGCAGAAGGAACAGUGGAUCACUCCCUUCACGACUGGAGAGAAAGUUGGCUGCUUCGCUCUGAGUGAACCAGGUAAUGGUAGUGAUGCAGGGGCAGCGUCUACGUUAGCCAGACAGGAGGGAGAGGAGUGGGUGUUGAACGGGACUAAAGCCUGGAUUACCAACAGCUGGGAUGCUUCGGCUACUGUUAUAUUCGCUACCACUGACAAGUCACUCAAACACAAGGGUAUCAGUGCAUUCCUGGUGCCCAUGCCCCAUCCUGGCCUGUCCCUGGGGAAGAAGGAGGACAAGCUGGGCAUCAGAGCAACCUCCACAGCCAACCUCAUCCUGGAGGACUGUAAGAUACCCCUGGGCAACAUGCUGGGGUCACGAGGAUCAGGCUUCAAGAUAGCCAUGCAAACCCUGGACAGUGGGCGUAUAGGUAUAGCUUCCCAGGCCCUGGGUAUUGCUCAGGCUGCUCUGGACUGUGCUGCGGACUACGCUCACAAACGCACCGCCUUCGGCGCGCCCAUUGGCAAGCUGCAGGCUGUACAGUUCAAGCUGGCAGACAUGGCUGUAGCUGUUGAAAGUGCUCGUCUCCUCACCUGGAAGGCUGCAAUGCUAAAAGAUGCCAAGAAACCCUUCACCAAGGAAGCAGCGAUGGCCAAACUAGCAGCGUCUGAGGCUGCUACCUUCUGCGGCCACCAGUCAAUCCAGGUUCUUGGGGGAAUGGGUUACGUGACAGACAUGCCAGCGGAGAGGCACUACCGUGACGCGCGAAUCACUGAGAUCUAUGAAGGCACCAGUGAGAUCCAGAGACUGGUGAUAGCCGGCCAGCUGCUGAAGGAGUACGCGUCAUAGAGACUUGUGAUUUAGACCCAAAUGGUGGCCGUAUAUAUUCCCUACAUAGUGCACUACUUCUGGAUAGAGUCCAGUGGCCAAAAAUGGUAUACUAUAUAGGGAAUAGGGUGCCAUUUCAGAUUGGCUCAUAACAGCUACUACACCCAGGGCUGUGUUCAGGACUGCAGUGUAGUGUUGCACAGUCUCAUCAGCGCCGGUCAGCUACUGAACUGGAAGGAAUGCCAGGCAUGGAGACAGGCUCACACAGCUCUGGGUAGAAGUUGCCCUUAACCACAGAUCUUGGACCAGAUUGCCCAAUGCCCAAAUUCUAACUUCAACUGUUAUGGAGAGAACAUCUUUCCCUGGGCCAAUGGGGAGUGACACCUACCUACCACUCCAAUGGGACACCAUCAGGCCAGGGUUCAGGACAACUUGCACCCCACCUCUGACUCAUAUUACUGCAACAAUUACUGGUGUCCCAAUCCAAGCAAUUUGUUACUUUUGAAAUCAACAUGAAGAUAUGCAUCUUCCUUCCUGCCUUAAAACAUGUAUCUGCCUUAAACUGAUGUUAUCUGGUAACAUAAUAGAAGUUAGUGGACUCAUGUCCUCAUUAUGGAUAACCAGGGUGAAGAUGACUAGCUCUGUCCAAAUCAGACAAAAAGAAAGGUGCUCUCCUGGGUGGUGAUCAGAUAGAAAUGUAUUGCGUAGAACUGACAUGUCUCUUAGACAUGCAUAGUGAGGAAUCAUUUCAGUUCCGUUCAUGCCAUUUCUAUCUACAAUGUCCAGUAUGCGGUUGCGUCCUCCUGAGCGUGAGUGACCCUGUUGUCUGUGUGAGGUGCAGUGCUAAUUCAAGCCACACGAGGGCAGUGCAGUGUCUGGACUGUCUUGCCUUCACCUGCUAUGAGGGAAAUCAAUGGCCCUUUGAACACUUGUAACGUGCAUUCCUCCCUGUUCUCUUUCUUGGAAAUAUUUAUUCACCAAAUUGGGUAGUUUUAAACAAGGAUUCUACUGCUGUGGUCUAACCUCAUCCUCAGGCUAGGCUGGUGGGUGAGACUAGUAGUUAGUUAUCACCAUGUUGGAAAAUAAUCAAUGAUUACUUCAAGCAGGGGGGAGAAAUGCAUUUGAGUUUUUAAACACAGACACACACCACAGAACCUUCCUGCUGUGCCUGUUCUGAUCCUGCUCUCUAGGCUGUACAUUGACAAUAUGAUAUUUUGAGACUGUUAUGGAACUGGGAAGUGGUUUAACAUGUUUGUCUCUAUGGCUGUUAGUUAUUAGGACUGUUGCAUUGAAUGUUUAAUAUCAGUUGUGUGAUCUGUUCAGAUGAAACUGAAUGACGCAGCUAUACAGGAGCUCUUGGGUUUCAGAAGUCUAAAUGAUGGGUUGUGUAGCAAUUUUUUAUGAGGAUUCGCUACAAAGCCCAUCAAGCUUGUGCCUCAAACUGCUGUUGUACAUGUUUUAUUGUAAUUUUAUGGUACAUAAUGAAAUUAAAAACACAAGAUCACAUGA